AAGAUAAAUCAUUAUCAAGCCUUAGCACUCUCCUCACUACAAACAUGAAAUUCAUCUCACUCACUUCUAUGAUUGUGUCUGUUGCGGUAAUGGCUGGCGUAGCCACCGCGUACAACCCCAUCGGCCAGUCUUGUGACACCCCAGGUGAGUACUCUUGCCAUAUAACCAUGUGUUUCGGAUGUGCGGAUAUUUAAUGGCGUACUUACGAUUACUUGCAGGUGGUUAUGGGUGCUCACAGGACGCGAGUGUUAACAGCGGGAACGCGUUCAUCUAUGAAUGUGCAUCGACAGACGAGUUCGUAUAUGUUGCAGGCUGCAGUUGUUCCACUUGCUGCGAAGCGACGACCAGCGGUGCGUUCUGCACGUAAAAGUAAGAGGGGUUGUGCGUACAAUAGAUACGUGAGAGAGAUAGUGAAGGGGUGCUAUAGUCUGGUCAAUAAAUACAUCGUGUCUGACACCAAGUGC